AUGCCUGAUCACUACUCAACAUUUGCUCUUAGCGAUAUUGCUAGUAAAUGUUGGCAAUGGAAUUGUGGCCAUGACCAUGGUCAACAAUGUGAUCGAUAUGAAUUACUCAAAAUUACUCUAGCUAAACUUUGUGCAUUUAUUGAACAAUAUCAAACUGAUACAGCAAUGCGUGAUCGUCUACUUUAUCGGGUGCAACAACAAGUUCAAGACAUUGAAGAGUGGAAAGUACAUUUGUUACGUACGAUUCAUCAAGAUCAAGCACGUAUUGAUAUUUUACACAAUCUCGGUAGUGAAACGGUUACGAUUCAAGUUGAUUGGGCAAUGAAACGGCUUCCAGUGAAGUAUCGAGUCCACAAAUCAACAAGCUCAUCUGAUUCAUCAUUUACUUCAGAAGAAAAUGUCACAAAUCGUAAUCCAAAUAAUUAUACUUUUCAGCAUAAAACUUUUUGUCACGUGCUCGGUCAAUGUGUUCAAAAUGCUAAGACAGUUAUUUCUAUUCUUCGGCAUAUAUUUUUAAUGCUUCAACAAACUGAAUCUGAUAUUAAAUCUGUACAUCUCAGAUCAGAUAAUGCUGAUUGUUACCAUAGUGCAGAAGCAUUAUUGAGUGUUGAACAACUUUUUAACGAAACAGAGAGAACAAAUGGAGUUGAAUUUUAUGCAAGUGAAAUUCAAAAUCCACAUACAGAAAAGAUCGAAUGGAAAGAUGUGAAACAAAUCAACAAUAUUGAAUACAUAUUAGAUUUUACAUCGGAAUCAACAAAGCCAUCAAUUGAAGUUCGUGCUUGGCAAUCGUGGAAAAUCGGUCCUGAUGAAAAUCGAAGCAAUCAUUCAUACCAAGAUGAAAAUAGUAGUACUGAAGAUGAAAAUGAAGAAGAAUCAAAUGUUAAUGAUGCAUCUACAUCAGAAAAAGAGCAUUAUUUUUUCGAUUGCCUCACUAGUGGAUGCACAGCUCGUUAUCGUUCUUAUGCAAACCUUCUACGUCAUUAUGCAACUGGAAAACAUAAAAUGAAACUAGAAAAACAUUCUCUUAUUGAUAAGAGCAAAAUUCUUUUUCAUCAACAUUUGUCAACAAAUCAUCUUCGAUCAACACCAUUAAUGUCUAUCACUGUCAUUCAACCUGUAAAGAAUCCAAUAAUUUAUUCACUUUCAAAAAAUUGGACUUCUCAUAAAACAAAAUCGAGUGUACGUUUCAACAAAAAACAAAAACAAUUUCUCCUGGAUAAAUUUAAUGAAGGUGUCAACACAGGAAGCAAAUAA